GGCGGCGGGCGGCGGGCGGCGGCCAACGCGCGGGAGCGGGACCGCACGCACAGCGUCAACACGGCCUUCGGCGCCCUCCGCCGGCUCAUCCCCACCCGCCCGGCCGACCGCCGCCUCUCCAAGGUGGAGACGCUGCGCCUGGCGGCCAGCUACAUCUCGCACCUGGCCAACGUGCUGCUGCUGCAGCAGCGCCGGCAGGACGAGGCGGGGGAUGCCGAGCAGCCCUGCCCGCAGCCCUGCCCGCAGCCUUGUCCACAGCCAUGCCCGCAGCCCUGCCCGCAGCCCGCUCAGCCCCCGCAGCCCUGCUCGCCGCCAGGUGCCUCCGCGCCUCGCUCCAUCUGCACCUUCUGCCUCAGCGACCAGCGGCAGCGGCACCGGGAAAGAGAGAAACCAUCACCUGCUCCAGCCGUAACCGGACUCUGAACAGGCUGAGGUCUCGCACCGCUCCUGCUCUGACUGUACCAUGCUCUGGGUAACAUCGCCUCACUCGUGCUGCAUGUUUACAUUUAGAUAGCACAGUCCUAAAAGAGUUCCUUUUUAAGCCUACGCACUUUGUCUCAUAUUGUGAGGCGUUUUUUCAGGAUGUUUUGCAAGUGAAAUUCACUGCCUCGGUUGCACCUGGCGCUGCAGCUAUUUUAGCGCGAGAAAUGUUAAACCUCAGCAGCCA